AUGGGACAUACUAUAACAAAGCCUAGUAAAGGUGUAAUAACUGAAACCUCAAAUAAAUGCGAUGAAGAAACCUAUCUAAAAUCCCUUUCGGUACUUGAAGCCUACCGAUUUAUUCAAGGUCGAAAAUCUUGUUUGGCACCGAAUGUCUCUCUUGCUCUUCCACGUGAUAAUGAGGAGGCCAUACGAUUUAAUAAAUCUAUUAGACUUAAAAAAAUUAUUUUUGGGUCUAAUUAUUCCGCACCUGUUUCAGAAUUAUUAACAUGUGGGGGUGCAAAAGUACUUGAAAUUGGAACGGGUGGUGGACUUUGGCUAACCUACAUGUCAAACGAAUACCCAACGUCAAUCUUUUUGGGUUUAGACGUUACUACUAUAUUUAAUCCUGACCAAUUACCGGAAAAUAGUGCAUAUCUUGAACAUAACUAUCAUGAUGGGAUUCCGUUCCCCAACGACAUAUAUGGAUCUCCUACCGAAAUUAUUGGUGCUGGUCCUGCAACACAAAAAUUUAUAUUAUCAGCGUGCACUAUACCAGAGAAAUUAAGGUCCAUGAAUUUCAAAAAUAUUCAAAUAGUAGAAAAGCCACUUCCUCUUUCACGUAACAAAAUUAAUGACCAAAUAGAGGAUGAGCUUUUGCUUAGAACUGUAGAGGCAUUCAGAGUGAUAAUGAAGGUAGCAAUAGGGUGUACCGAUGAGGAGUAUGAUAAAUUAAAAAGAGAUAUUACGUUAGAGGCAGAAACUCUAGAGAU